UCUCCUGCUGCUUUCACACAUCAGAACUUCAGAAACAAAGGGAUGAUGGACUCCUUCAUGUGCAAGAUCCUGACUUUAUUCAUUAUCUGCACAGCUCUGCAAGAGGGUUGUGGACUCAGCUUAUUACAUGAGGCAGAGCUGCCAGCUCAGGCUCCACAUCAACACCAUGUCAGGACCAAACGCUGCUCCUGUAACAGCUGGGAUGAUAAAGAAUGCAUCUACUUCUGCCACCUAGAUAUUAUCUGGGUUAACACACCAAGUAAACUCCUUCCAUAUGGUCUGGGAAAUGCCCUGUCUCGCCGCCGGCGUUCCACCAACCGUUGCAAGUGCCUCAACCCAGCUGAUAAAACCUGCUCUAGAUUCUGCCAUAAAAGCUCAGAGAAUACUAGGAAUGAUGGUGUGAACCAGCUGGGAAAAUAUAAAAAGAUAAACCGCAACAAAAUUCUUGCAUCAUUUAGGUCUGUGGUCAAGUCCAACAUAGCGAUCGCAAACAACUUUCUGUCAUCAAAUCAGAACCUGGCUAGAGUCAACAGACUCAAGAGUAGAAUGGAGAGGUAGAGGGCUCAGCCAAAGCCAGAAGCAUGGAUUCAAUCUCAAGGACUGGAGACUUCUCCAGGGGGCUUCGGUGCCAACAACAGGGUUUUGAAACAUAUUAAGAGUCUGGGGAUGCAGAGAUGGAAAGAUGCAAUGCAAAGGAGCCGGUGGAUCAAGCAUUUGAUCAACAAAACAGAGCUUUGGAAGACUGGCAGCUCCCUGAGACAGUAGCCUUGUGGCAGGUGCAAUGUUGGGUGGGGACAGUCAAAGAUAAUAUUUUGAACCCUCCUUGAGCUCUUUUGAACUUAACAACAGUCUACUUGCCAUGGAAGGAUCCUUCAAAGCCAAGGACAUGGGAGCUGGUGGGCAACCACAUCUAGAAAGCCUGAAGUGACUAGUUAUCAGGUUUUCAUGCACCAAGCGCUGGUUUGACUCGUCUAUAUGGGCAGUUUUAUAUCCACAACUCACUCACACUGAGGAUUAUAGGGUGACAUCUUCCAGAGUCAUAUCAACUCUAUAUUGUUUGUCCAUGUUUACUCAAAUGUCCUUGAAAUUAUUUUCUCAUGGCUAACUUUGAGUUUAAGUCUGCUCUGUAUCAGAGCUGGAAAUUGCUGUCUUGCCUAAUGUUUUGAGCAAAUGAUCAAAUAGCUUAUUAAUUAUCAGGCCUACUUGAAAAUGGAAGCUUAUUCACUCUCGGCACAAACUGCCAUAGAGAAAUGAAGGUUGUGUCUUUAGAGUUAUCUGGCAAAUAACUGUCCACUCGUCUGCGCACACAGUCGACUGCGCUUUCUACUAACAACUGGUCUAUUGUGUUGACUCAGGUAUUUUGUGCACAGCUCAACCAGAAGGUUUCAGUGUCAUGCAACUUGCCAAAGACCAAAAAAGAAAGAAAGACGCAGCAAUUGUUUUUCUCCUCUGACAAAUGUUCAUUUCUCUGCAAUUAGCUAAUGGAAAAAGCCGACUCCUGGCUUGUGUUAUGCACUUCAAACACUAUUCAUGUGUGGCCUGCACCUUGUCUGUACCAUGAAUCCAUUCCCUCCCAUCAGUCCCGCAGUGAUGGAAAUAUCAUUGACACAUGGAAAUAUCAUUGUAACUCAGAAAAUAUUCCUCAUCAAAUGUCUCAGUGCUGUAUAUGAUGGAUAGUUUAUCGGCUUAAAAGUUUACUGUUGAUGGUAAGUGAUAGCAGUCAUUGUAAAUAGAAGAACUUAUUUAUUCUCUAACUUAUUCAGAGAUGUAUUUA